GGAGGGAUGCUGAGGCCGCGGAGGCUUUUGGUUUGUUGGGGUUGUGGGCGGUGCGCUCCCAGCCCGGGAAAAGCGAGAAAUGGCGACCCCGAUCGCGGGCUCCCGGCCAGCCCUGCCCCUAAGGGGGCUAAUGUCCGCUGACAGGGGAUGCAGGGUGCUGGGCGUGUGCGGCAUGCAUCCGGACCAUCAGGAAGCUCUGAAAAAGAACCGAGUGAUGCUGGCCAAGCAGCUGCUGCUGAGUGAACUGUUGGAACAUCUCCUGGAGAAAGACAUCAUCACCUUGGAAAUGAGGGAGCACAUUCAGGCCAAAGUGGGCAGUUUCAGCCAGAACGUGGAGCUCCUCAACUUGCUGCCCAAGAGGGGUCCCCAUGCGUUUGCCGCCUUCUGUGUGGCCCUGAGGGAGACCAAGCAGGCUCACCUGGAGGAUCUGUUGCUCUCCACCCUCUCUGGUCUUCAGCAUGUGCUCCCACCGCUGAGCCGUGACUACAACUUGGGUCCGUCUCUGCCGGUGCCUGAGUCCUGUCCCCCCCACAAGCAGCUCCGCCUGUCUGCAGAUGCUGUGGAACUCUCCCUGGACAACGGAGAUGGCCCGCCCUGCCUUCAGGUGAAGCCUUGCACUCCCGAGUUUUAUCAAGCACACUCCCAGCUGGCCUACAGGUUGAAGUCUCAGCCUCGUGGGCUGGCCCUGGUCCUGAGCAACGUGCACUUCACCGGAGAGAAAGACCUGGAAUUCCGCUCUGGCGGGGAUGUGGACCACAACACUCUAGUUGCCCUCUUCAAGCUCCUGGGCUACCAGGUCCAUGUUCUGCUGGACCAGACCGCGCAGGAAAUGCAAGAGAAACUGCAGAAUUUUGCCCAGAUGCCCGCUCACCGUGACACCGACUCCUGCAUAGUGGCCCUCCUCUCUCACGGCGUGGAGGGCGGCGUCUAUGGUGUGGACGGCAAGGUGCUUCAGCUGCAAGAGGUGUUCCGGCUCUUUGACAACGCCAACUGCCCAAGCCUCCAGAACAAGCCGAAGAUGUUCUUCGUCCAGGCCUGCCGUGGAGAUGAGACCGACCGCGGAGUCGACCAGCAGGACGGAAGGAGCCACGCCCGGUCCCCUGGGUGCGAGGAGAGCGACGCUGGUCGGCAGGAGCUGCUGAAGAUGCGGCUGCCCACUCGCUCGGACAUGAUCUGCGGCUACGCCUGCCUCAAAGGGACGGCUGCCAUGCGCAACACCAAACGGGGCUCCUGGUACAUCGAGGCCCUGGCUCAGGUCUUCUCCGAGAGGGCUUGUGACACGCACGUGGCCGACAUGCUCGUCACGGUGAACGGACGUAUCAAGGAGCGGGAGGGCUACGCCCCCGGCACGGAGUUCCACCGAUGCAAGGAGAUGUCGGAGUACUGCAGCACCCUGUGCCGGCACCUCUACCUGUUCCCGGGACACCCUCCCGCGUGAGGCCGCCUCGGGCAUCCCGGACCUCGGGAGGCGUGGUGGAGCCUCUUCAGGAUUAGGGUUUCUGUGCUUCCCCCCUCAGGGACUGGGAGUCCCCAGGCCAGUUUCAUGCCUGUCCUCCUCGCCGUGGAGUCCAGGACCGCGGGCUGGCUCCUGCCGUGGGAGGCUCGCUGCCCGGGGGGCGGCGGCCCUGGCUGGACUGGUUGCCAGGAGCUUGGCUGCGAGAGAGGAGCCCGGCAGCGGGUGUUGGACACACGCCGUGUUGACAGGAGAGGUCUCCUCGAUGGGCAUGCUCCCUUCCUGCCCCCGGCUCCUGUGGGAGGCACUUUGGUCAUUGCUUUUGUCACGUCAGGACAUCUCCGAGGUCACCUCCAGCCCUUCACAUCCCAGCCUACUUUUCUGAAAGAGAGUUUGGAAGGUGUCCUCAUUUAACGUAGGCGUUUGAAGGGACAGCUAGGACCAGGGACACAUGCUGCUGCUCUGUGUGUGGGAAUGACCUGUGUGUUCCUCCAGGGCGGCAGGGCCACCCACGGGAAGGACGGUCUUCUCAGUGCCCCUGUGGGCCCCCUGGGACUUCAGGAAUCCGAGCUCUCAGCAGAGCUGGGGCUGGGGUGCCUCGGAUCUGUCAGUCAUAGGUCUUUGCCCAGGAAAGUCCCAAAGACCUUUCCUCUGAGCUCUUACUGAAAUGGGUCUGGUGGGGAGUGCCCGCUGAGGCAGGCCACGGUGGCACCUGUAACCUGUGCCCUUACCUUUCUUGCCUAGUUGUCACCUCCCUGCUUCCUGGUUCUCCCCUGUUCAUUUCACCCUGUUCACUGCUGCCUCCAAAUCUGUCUAAAGCACUGCUUGCUUGGAUCAUUUGGCUGUUCGAAAAUGUAAUGCAUAGUACCUCGUUCCUGCUUUCUGUUCCAGUGCCGAAUCCCCUUCUGACUUCACAGGGCCUAUUUCCCCACCCUCGUGUGUCUCCCCCACCCAGGGAGGCCUUGGCUGUGUUGGCGGACGUGUUGGUUGCCCUAGGCACCGUCUUCAUCUCUGCUGGAAAGGGUGCUCCUGUUCCUGAAGGCCUCCUUGACUUCCCUUCUGGUGUCUAUAUGACAGAUUUGGGGUUUGAAAUAGAAGUCGAAUCAUCUCACUUCCCUGCUUGCAACCCUUUGGUUCCUUGUCAAUCCUCAAAUAAAAUCCAAACUCUUCACCUUAGCCUGCAGAGCCCCCUGCCCUGCCCUUAAGCCUCAUCACCUGCGGCUCUCCAAGGGACAGCUCCAGUGGCUUCCUCCGUGUCUUUCCUGUCCCGAACCAUCGCGGACACUCCCGGGCCUGCUGAGCGCCACCCCUCACCACUCGUGGCUUUGGUGGUUUUGUCCCUCAACCUCAGUUUACAUCCACUUUCUCGCGGAGGCCUCUGCAGGCCAUUCUCUCUAAACGUGAUUGUGUUUAUCACUGCGUUCUGUGUAAUCCCUCCGCUGCGCUCUUCUGAACCUGUAGCGAUACACUUACUUGCUUCCCUGUUUAUCCCUGUCUGCCCUACUAGGGUGUAAGCUCCACGGGAGCCAAAACUCUGUCUCUCUUGUUCCCCAACAUCUACCCAGUUUCUGGCACACAGGGCUCCAGUACAUGUUUGCUGAAGGAAGCAGCCCUCGCUGGAAUCCUACCUUUUGACUGAACACCGUUUGGUGUCUAUACUCUGAGUUUUUUCGUGUGUUCUGAUUCACCCACCGGUAUUAUGAAUUCCUGAAGAUGUGUCGCCUGCGAGACAACUUCCUGCACAUCUCCCAAGGUGCCCGGCACCGCGCUCGGCCUGCAUCCCAGCUGAGGUGCUCAAUACCUACUCGUUCCGUGAGCCAGGUGGCCCGGAGACGUGGGGCUGAGUCCUGCUCACCCUCGGAUCGGUGCUGCAUGGAAGCACUUGGGCGACAAAACCUUCCCAGUUCCCACUGCCAGGAUGUUGUAUUGCCUUCGGGUGCCAAAUAAACGCUCCUAUUUAUUACUGA